AUGUUUGCAAUGCUUACACUCUUCAACCCCAUCGAAUAUGUCUUCUAUAUAACGUUUCUGAUAGGUAUGUUAUCGCUGCUACUGGCGAGCAUUCAAGCUCCUUUAUUGCUGAAAUAUGGCAAAACUUUACCUGAGAAUGCCAGUAGAGGUCAAGACAAGAACUUGUGGGUGCUCUUUCAACACUUCACGGUACCCAAAAGCUGGUUCAGUCACUUUUAUGUUUACUCCGGGUUUCUAUCGUGUGUAAACAUGACGCUAUUGCAUUUCAAAACGCUCUCCCUUUUGAUGGCCCUACAUUCUAUGAGAAGACUCUAUGAGACUAUUUAUGUCAACAAAUCCAAGCCUAGCGCUAGAAUUCAUGUAUCACACUACUUGGUGGGAUUUUGGUUUUAUUCUGCAGUAAACUAUGCCAUUUACACAAGCAGGCCUGAUACUUGGAGCCCACCGCUUAUAAGAAGCUUUGCGAUGCUGCUGUUCGCAAUUGCAUCGUGGGACCAAUACAAAAGUCAUUUGCAUCUAUCGCAGUUGCGUAAAUACACAUUGCCCACAAAGGGCUUAUUUCGAUUAGUGGCCAGUGCACACUAUUUGGACGAGAUACUCCUAUAUUCAGCAUUGGCACUCUACUCUCGAUCCACAAAAUUACUAGUGUGCUUGCUAUGGGUGAUAUCCAAUCUUUCCGUCUCUGCCAUUGAAACAAGACAAUGGUAUUUGCGAAAAUUUCCACAAUCGACUCCAAAGUUUGCAAUCAUUCCUUACAUUCUGUGA